AUGUCAUCUUUCGGCAACAACUAUCGUGUACACACCUACGGUGAAUCCCACUGCAAAUCAGUCGGUUGUAUUGUCGACGGUGUUCCUCCUGGACUUAAAUUGACAGAAGAGGACAUUCAAGUACAACUGUCUAGAAGAAGGCCAGGUCAGAGUGAUAUCACCACUGCCCGAUCUGAAUUCGAUACCGUCCACUUACAAUCCGGUACAGAACAUGGUGUAACCCUCGGAACACCUAUUGGUCUUCUGGUGCAAAACAAAGAUCAACGACCACAUGAUUAUGCUGAAACCGACCUGUACCCUCGACCUUCUCAUGCCGAUUACACCUACUUGGCCAAAUACGGUCUCAAAGCUUCUUCAGGUGGUGGUAGAGCGUCAGCGAGGGAGACUAUCGGUCGAGUAGCUGCGGGUGCUAUCGCCGAGAAGUACCUCAAAGAAGCAUUUGGCCUGGAGAUCGUAGCUUUUGUUGCUUCCGUAGGCAAAGUCGCCCUGCCCUUUGCUGAGGAAGAAGAUGAAGUGCUAGGUAAAGAAUAUAUGGAUUUGGUCAAGUCGGUUAAAAGGGAAGAAGUGGAUAAGGAGAUCACUAGGUGUCCUCACAAGGCGACCAGUCAGAAGAUGGAGGAGACCAUCCGAGCUGCCAAAGCCAAAGAUGAUUCCCUCGGAGGAUCCAUAACCUGUGUAAUCCGAAACACCCCCGCCGGUCUAGGAGAACCAGCAUUCGACAAGCUAGAAGCCGUCUUGGCACACGCAAUGUUAUCCAUUCCAUCUACCAAAUCGUUCGAGAUCGGAUCAGGUCUCAGAGGAACCACUUUCCCAGGAUCGAUACAUAAUGAUCCGUUCAUUGAAGGUGUGGACGAACGAACGGGAGAAAAGACUUUGAGGACCUCUACGAAUUGGUCGGGAGGUAUCCAGGGUGGAAUUUCGAAUGGUGAAGAUAUCUAUUUCAGAAUCGGCUUCAAACCUCCUGCCACCAUCGCUCAAGAACAGCCCACAGCACGAUACGAUGGUUCAGCUGGUGUCUUAGCUGCCAAAGGUAGACAUGACCCUUGUGUGGUUCCUAGAGCUGUUCCUAUCGUUGAAACUAUGGCUGCCAUCGUCAUCAUGGAUAUGGUCCUCCAACAAAAUGCCAGGAAAUCGGCUGCCUCCCUCCUACCUGCCCUCACUCAUCUACCACCUACCAUGGUCCUUCCCGGUAAAUCAACGGUUCAAGCCGUCGUGAAUGGUAAAGAUGUGGGUGAAGUGCAAAACCAGAAGAUUGGUGAGGAAUAG